AUGACAUGGAAAAUAGAUGCGCACACUGCUACUACUACAAACAAAUGCUCAAGUUUGUCUUUUUCAUUUAGCUUAAGGAACAACAAUAUGCCAAGUAAGAAGAUUGCAGAUGCUAAGCUUGCAAAGGACUUUCAAGCUGUUUUAAAAGAGUUUCAGAAAGCUCAACAAACGGCUGCUGAAAGAGAAACCACCUAUGCCCCUUUUGUUCCUCAAUCCGCUCUUACCCCUAGUUACACGGUCAGUGAGGUAGAUAAGGCCCCAAGACAGCGGGCACAACUUCAGGAGUCUAAAAGGCAGGAACUUGUGUUGUUAGACAACGAGAUUGCAUUCAAUGAAGAACUGAUUAAAGAACGAGAGCAAGGAAUACAAGAAAUCCAUAAUCAAGUUGGCGAGGUUAAUGAAAUCUUCAAAGAUCUUGCGGUUUUGGUUAACGAUCAAGGAGUCAUGAUAUAUGAUAUCGAUAACUCCCAUGCUGCAACUUCAAAAGGCAAAACUCAGCUGCCGCAAGCCGCGAAGACACAAAGGUCAAACUCAUCUCUGACCAAGAGCCUCUUGGUGAUAUUUGGCAUUGUACUCCUGUUUGUGAUCAUCGUACUCGCAGCUUGA